AUGGAGUUCACACGCAGAUUGAUUAGUCGACAGAAAAGAAAGAAGUCGUCUAGAGAGCUCAUGGCAAUAACUUUGAGAGACGGGGAAUCACUAAGAGACUACCUGACCAGGUUCAACAACGAGUCGAUUACAAUCCCAAAACCGCAGCAAGAGAUAGCCGUCUUGGCAUUGAUGAGAGGGAUGCAUGACUGUGAGAUCAAGAAAUAUUUGGGAAGGAAAUCUUUUAUUAACCUUGGCAGUGCUUUGGCAAAGGCACACGAAUAUGUCAAAAGCGAAGAACUGAUGAUGGUUCCCGGGCAACAACAACCAUACCAGCAACAAGCAUCAUAUCCCAAUAAGAGGGAAGACAAUAUAAACAUCCACGGCCAGUCGGGGGGCAAAAAGAACAGUCAGAAACAGGGAGGAAAUUAUACCGGAAAAAGCCGGCAGGAUAGCAGGCACUCGAGGCCGUAUCAAGCCUUCCAAGAGUACACACCGCUGAACAUAAACAGGGCCACGAUAUUCAACGUGAAUAAGAAUGAGAAUUGGAAACGACCACCGCCCAUGAUCAAGAGAGAUAGAAACAUGAGAAAGUUUUGCGCCUUCCAUAAUGACUGCGGUCAUGUCACAGAAGACUGUCUUGAUCUGAAGGACAAUAUCGAAGAGAUGAUAAGAAGGGGAUACUUCUCCCAAUACAAAGCCCACCAAGGAAACAACAACAACAGUCACACCCAGGGAAGGCAGCAAGCCCAAUUACCGCCUCCCUACCAACCACCGAGAAUAGAGCAUAGAGCCCCUGAAAGCAGCCGAGAGGGAGAAAUUAGGGGGCACCGCAACAAGGAAAAGAAACCGACUGUGUACGUCAUCUCGGGAGGACCCAUUGAUGGGGGAACAAUCAGCGGGGCCAAUCAGGACCUGAUAGAACACCGCCAUCUGAUCAACUACCACAACACCCGACCUUGGCCGAUCCCACCACCCAUGCCAAUGGUAUACUUCUCACAAGAUGACUGA